UAUUACUAAAGGUAAACUUAAUUCCAUUUUACUUUUUUUUUUCUUUUACAACCCUAUUUUAGGAUUGUUUUAAUUGAGCAUUAUGUUAGAUUACCCAAAAAAAAAUGUAGAAAAAGGCAGCUGUAGUGAUGGAUGAUUGUUGCUGGCUUCCACUGUCUAGAUACAGGGGUGUCAAACUCAUUUUUGUCACGGGCCACAUCGUAGUUAUGACUUCCCUCGGAGGGCUGCUACGACUUUGAACCCAUAUAGAUGAAAGAUUACCUCAUAUACUGUACGUACACAUUGAUGAAUAACCAGUUUUGAAAUCACAUGCCAAUAAAAGCAUGUUUUGCAGCUAUUGCAUUUCCUUUCAAAGGGGGAUUGGUAGCAAACAAACAAAAAUGCUUGCAACUAUCUCAACGGUAUUACACCAGAACACAAUUAGCAGUUUUGAUCUGCUUUUGCGGGCCACAUGAAAUGAUGUGGCGGGCCGCAUCUGGCCCCCGGGCCACCAGUUUGACAGCCGUGGUCUAGGAGGUGUUCCCAAUGUUUUGGCACGAUGGCUGUGAGAGAACCCCACGGGGGAGGGACUCGCGAGUUUUGAAUGAAGUCACCGCAGUGUGGAGCCUGCCUUCAUCCUUCACUCCUGCAUGUUGAGGUUCUGCUCGUGCUCUUCUCGUUUGUGACUCUUUCAAACAAUGCCAUGGAGGAGUUGCGCUCCGGAGCGGCGGUGGAGAAAUAAGUAAGGCCGAGGCUUCCGGAGGAAGGAUGGAGAGCACGAGCGAGCGGUCCAUGAUGGGCCGCACCAUGAUCCCCACCAUCCCGUCCAUCAUGUUCAUCUUCGGGGUGGUGGGCAACGUCAUCGCCAUCGCGGUGCUGUGCAAGUCCCGCAAGGAGCAGAAGGAGAGCACCUUCUACACGCUGGUGUGCGGCCUGGCCGUCACCGACCUCCUGGGCACGCUGCUGGCCAGCCCGGUCACCAUCGCCACCUACGUGAAGGGCGCCUGGCCCGGCGGGGAGCCCCUGUGUCAGUACUUCGGCUUCACCUUGAUCUUCUUCUCCCUGGCCGGCCUCAGCAUCAUCUGCGCCAUGUCCGUGGAGAGAUACAUGGCCAUCAACCACGCGUACUUCUACAACGACUACGUGGACCAGAGGCUGGCCGGCUUGAGCCUCCUGGCCAUCUACGCGUCCAACGCGCUCUUCUGCGCGCUGCCCGUGCUGGGCUUCGGCCGCGUCCAGAAGCAGUACCCGCAGACGUGGUGCUUCCUGGAGUGGCGGAGCAACGAGACGAGCGACGCGGCCUUCAACUUCAUGUACGCCGGCUUCAGCUCGGCGCUCAUCCUGGCCACGGUGCUGUGCAACGUGCUGGUGUGCGGGGCUCUCAUCCGCAUGCACCGCCUCUACGUGCGGAGGACGUCGCUGGGCACCGACCUCAGCCGGAGCAGCGUCGACUCGCGCAAGAGGGGCCGAAGUUUCGGGCGUCUGGCCGCCGCCGAGAUCCAGAUGGUCAUCCUGCUCAUCGGCACCUCGGCAGUGGUGCUCAUCUGCUCCAUUCCGCUUGUUGCUCAGGUUUUUCUGAACCAGCUCUAUAAGACUCCGGUAGAACUGCGCUUGGACAAAAACCCCGACCUGACGGCCAUUCGGUUCGCCUCCUUCAACCCCAUUCUGGACCCAUGGAUCUACAUCCUGCUGCGCAAGGCCGUCGUCCGCCAACUAGUGGAGAACAUCAAGUGCCUCUUCUGCAAGACUGGCGCCAGGAACCAGAAGAAGAGCAACAACGGCGGCCUCCGCUGCAUGGACGCCGCGCCCCAUCCACUUUCCUCGGUCGUCUCCAAGCGAGACUCCCACUCACCUGUGUCUCAUGACGGUCCAGAGAUCAGCUCCGAGACUUUAAUGUACCUCCCGCAGAGAAGCGAGGCACACGGCGAGAGCUGCUGUCACAAUCAGAACUUAGAAGGUCUUUCGUGGGCGUCGUCGUGCGAGCAGGGCAAUGUGGCCCCAAGGACAGAGGGUGCCCAUGUGCCAAGGGGCCCUCAUGCUUCCCCCGCUAAGGACCCCGGCCUACAGAUGUCACUCAGCACGGUAACCAUGGAGGAAAAAUGCAUCUGAACUUGUAUUGACUUCGGUGGGUGUUCAAAAUUGAGCCCAUGUAGAAGGAAGAACUGAGUCAUAUCUCACAGGCAGUCAGUCAAGAAAAAGAAUUCAAACAAUGAAGACUUUAGCUCUGUUACCUCACAGCAAGAAGGUCUGGAAUGUUGAACUUCCAAGCAGUUCACAUUGUAUCCCAUAAAUGGUUAAACUGACUUCAAAACCCUGCUGUACAUGAGCUACAAACUGAAUUGAAUUGAACUGAACAGGAUCGAACUAUUUUUUAUUCUUGAGCGGUGGUGAUGGUUCCAUCGUGACUCAGUUGCAAAAACGGAAAAUAAUUUGUAUGCUUGUCCCGUCGUUUGUUAGCUAGCAGCUCAUUCCUGGUUCAGAUGUUAGCAAUGGAAGGAAAGGACUCUACCAUUUGAAAUCUGGGUGUGGGGGGCACUUUCUUUGUGAUAUACAUGACCAAAAGACAGUCAUUUCCUCUAACUAAAAAUCAUGGAGCUUUGUAGUUUUGUUUGUCAGUCUGUAUAUUAGCUAGCUGCUACUUCAUCAGGAUUUGUGACGAAAAAGAAAACAGUUCCAUUAUUAUUCAAAUGGGAAAACCUGAAAUAAACAUUCCUCUAGGAAAAGUGCAAAUUGUAUUUGUAUACAUAUUUGUCCAGGACAGGACUACCAUUGGAAUUCUUGUGUGGGGAGGACAGUUUUCUUUGCGACAAAAACAACAAAAGAAAAUGCAUUCCUCUAAUACAAGCGAAAGAAAAUCACAAAGGGCCAUCAAGCCAUCCAUUUUCUAUAGCGCUUGUCCUCAUUAUGGUCGAGAGUGAGCUGGAGCCCAUCCCGGCUGAAUUUGGGCGAGACAUGCGGUGUGCACCCUGAACAUUGCAUCAUCAAAGAGAGCAAGGUAUUUUCAACACUUUAUAAUGGUCAAUAAUUUGAAAACAAAAAAUAACAAACCCGCCCGGGGACUGACCAAUAGUAUGGAUUCGGGAAAAAUAUUUAACUGCCCAAAUUUGGACAGGCAGGUUUCGCCCCAAUGCCAGUGACUAUAUACAAACACACUUAUUGGAACUCCACCAUAAACCGAGGACCCCUCUAUGUGCAUGAUGCGUUGCCGUGUGUAACUCUCACUUAUAUUGACUUUAGGUGAAAGAAAUGUAAUAAAUCGCUCACUUCUGUCUUGAACUCUUCUUUGUUGCUCCUCUCACCGGCACAAUGAAUACACAUUUAAGUCCGAGAACUGCACAUUGUGAUGAAAAACCCAUCUACGCAUCCAUUUUUUUAUGCUGCUUGUCCGCAUUCGCGGUCGCGGGUGAGCUGGGGCCAAUUCCAACUGACUUUGGGGUGAGAGGCGGGGUACACUCAAUAGAAAUAAGCCCUCGGAUAGUAUUCUUUUUUUAUAUAUAAAAACCUCGCUGAUGAUACUUGACUGUAUGUCUGAACCCCAAACUAUGAGGCAAAUGUGCUAACCACUGCUUCACCGUACUGCUGAUGGAAUGCCCUAAUGGUGUUGUUUUUUUUUUUUUGUCCAGCAAUUAGCUACUGUAUCUAUUUAUUGCGCUCAAGGCUGGGGGGAAAAGAAAUCCACAAAUGUUCCAUGCAAGUAAAGUGUGUAGUUUUUGCAUAAUUCUGCUUAUUAACUAACAAAUGGCGAUCAAAACAAAUACAUCGGCGCCUUUGGGCUUGUUUGAAUAAAUGAUUUGCCUCUCAA